AUGGCGACUUUCGGUUCGGCUGCUAACAAUUAUAAUCCCAAUCGCUCAACUGAGGUGGUGCAACCUCCCACUGACUCUGUAUCAAGCCUUUGUUUUAGUCCAAAAGCAAAUUUGCUUGUUGCCACUUCAUGGGAUAAUCAGGUAAGAUGUUGGGAGGUCGGGCGGAAUGGAGCCAACCUUAGUACAGUGCCAAAGACAGCAAUGACGCAUGACCAACCGGUUCUCUGCUCCACGUGGAAGGAUGAUGGAACCACUGUCUUUUCUGGAGGUUGUGACAAACAAGCUAAGAUGUGGCCUUUGUUAUCCAAUGGUCAGGCAGUGCAAGUGGCCAUGCAUGAUGCCCCUGUCAAGGAGAUGGCUUGGAUCCCUGAAAUGAAUUCUUUAGUUACUGGAAGCUGGGAUAAGACUCUAAGGUACUGGGAUUUGAGGCAGUCUAAUCCAGUUCAUGUUCAGCAACUCCCCGAUCGCUGCUAUGCUCUUUCUGUUAGAUAUCCGCUGAUGGUUGUUGGAACUGCUGAUAGAAAUAUUACUGUGUAUAAUCUGCAGAAUCCUCAGGUGGAGUUUAAGAAACUCCAAUCACCUCUUAAAUACCAGACAAGGUGUUUAGCAGCCUUCCCUGAUCAGCAAGGUUUUUUGGUGGGUUCAAUAGAAGGCAGGGUUGGUGUGCAUCAUCUUGAUGAUGCCCAACAAAGUAAAAAUUUCACUUUCAAGUGCCAUAGAGAUAACAAUGACAUUUUCUCUGUCAAUUCCUUGAAUUUCCAUCCGGUCCAUCACACAUUUGCAACCGCAGGGUCUGAUGGUGCUUUUAACUUCUGGGAUAAGGAUAGCAAACAGAGAUUGAAGGCCUUUACAAGGUGCCCCCAACCCAUCCCUUGCAGCUCUUUCAACAAUGAUGGCUCGUUGUAUGCUUAUUCGGUAUGCUAUGACUGGAGUAAAGGUGCUGAAAACCAUAAUCCAGCCACUGCGAAGACUCAUAUACUCAUCCACCAAGUUCAGGAAGGCGAGAUCAAGGGAAAGCCGAGAGGCGUCUCCAGUAACAGAAGGUGA